AUGUCUCAACAGCCCCAACAACAAUCCUCCUCUCACAACAACAAUAACCACGCUCAUCAUCAUCAUCAGGAAAUUAAAACAGCGUUUGUGAAAUCGGUGCUGCAAGCAGAUGACCAGGUAAAAUUUCUGGUUCAAGUCUAUCAGAGGCAUGGGCCUGGAAGUUUGAUGAUGGCAUCAUCAUCUUCAGCAACAACAACAACAACCAACAGCAACAGCUCUACCACCACUGGAAAUAACAAAAACACAACAACCUCCUCUUCUUCUUCCAAUCCAUCAUUAUCAACAUCAUCGGGAGGAAAACAACAAGCCUCAUCCUCGGAAAAGAGCGUACCUGCAUCAAAAAGUACAACAGUUUUUAGCAAGAAGGAAACUGAGCCAGUUUUGAUGGCUUUGAUCGCCAACAAGGACAUUCCAACAAAUGUUGCCAUCAUGUUUUUAGACUAUUCCAUGGAUAACAAAUCAUUCCGAAUAAGAGAUUUUCAACUGAUCAAAAGGCACGAUUUUGGAAUUAAAAUUGUAGAUGAGAUUCACUUUGAUUUAUACUUUAAAAGCAAAGCUACAGUGUACAAUCUCCAGAGCGAAUCUGCUAGUACUCAGUGGGUGGUCGUUUCCUCGCUCAUAAAAGCGUGUAAACUCGUAAAUGAUCAACCAGCAGGUUAUCCCUCAGUUGCAACCACAACAACAAGUUCAACAACAUCUACAACCACCACAUCCGUAUCAGAUUCAUCUCAACCCCUACUUGAUUUACCUCCACCAAAAACCGAGACAAAAGCUAGUAAUCGUAUUUCCUUGCUCAAGUCUACAGCAGAAUUGUCAUUGUCGGAAUUUCUGGUAGAUAUGGAUACUCUUCAUGAUCAUGGAACAGCAAACGACAAUGAAGAAAGGCAAUGGCAUCAUUACUAUACACAACGUAUGCAACGAGACAAAGAACAAAAGAAUAAGUCAGAAGACAAUCAGGACAUUUCAAUUGACAUGUUCAAAAAAGCUAAUAGACAAGUAUUGGCUUCAUCGUCAAGCGGCUCUAGCACGCCCAAUGACAUUGCACAAAAAGCAACCAUUAACUCUUCUCCUAGUCCAUUACAACAAGAGGCCUCUCGAAAAGACAAUUGGAUUCAAAGACAACUCAAAGCAAAAGAAGAAGAAUUCACGGAAAUUACACCUCUUUCCGUUGUGGUCUGCACAUGGAACGUGAAUAACAAAUUUCCUUCAUCAGAAACAAGUUUAGCAAAAUGGUUACUAUUGGAUGAAUUUGAGGCUGAUAUUUAUUCGAUUGGUAUGCAAGAAAUUGACAUGACAGCAGGAGCUCUUCUUAAAGAGGAAACAGAAACUGGUCAAGAGUGGCAAAAUCUCUUCAUCAAAACUUUUUCCGAGGAAACCAAGUUACACCGAUACAAAUUGAUUACUGCUCGCCAACUCGUCGGCAUUUAUCACUGUGUUUUAGUGAAAGAAUCUUUGGCCAAUGAGGUGACAGAAAUAAGAAACUGUGCGGAGGGUGUUGGUAUUAUGGGCAUGAUGGGUAAUAAGGGCGGUGUUGGAGUUCGAUUUAAAAUUUUCGACUCUACAUUUUGUUUCAUCACGGCCCACUUGGCUCCGCAUAUGGGCGCCGUUGAGAGAAGAAAUCAAAAUUUCCACGACAUUUGUAAAAAAGCAGAUUUUGGAAAUCCAUUCCUGUAUAGACCUGACCAACAUGAGUUCUUCUUUUGGUUUGGAGAUUUGAAUUAUAGAAUUAAUCAACCCAAUCUUAUUGUGAGAGAAAAGAUUAAGAAACAAGACUACAAAUUCCUUAUGAAAUAUGAUCAAUUAAUGAUUGAAAAGAAUGCCCAAAAUGCCUUUGUUGGAUUUUGUGAAGGAGAAAUUACCUUUGACCCAACCUACAAAUUUGACAGUGGCACAGAUACCUAUGAUACCAGUGAAAAGGGUAGAGUUCCAUCAUACACAGAUCGUAUUUUGUGGAGAGAUGAUGAAAGAGGAAGAAUUGUUCAAAAAUCAUACAAGUCGUUCAAGGAAUAUAAAAUGUCAGAUCACAAACCAGUAACUUCUUGGUUCGAGGUUGGAGUGAAGAAGAUUGUAGAAGAAAAGUACAAGAAAUGCUACUUGGAUAUCAUCAAAAUGCUCGACAAGCUCGAGAAUGACAUGUUGCCUGAAGUGGCAAUUACUGGUCAAACCAUUACAUAUGAAAAUGUGAAAUAUGAUGAGCCCAUUACACAAACUAUAUGCCUCCAUAACACUGGUCAAGUGGUUUGCGAAUAUCAAUUUGUACCAAAACCUCAAGAAGCACAUCCAUGUAAACCCUAUGUGACUAUUCAACCUCUUGAGGGAUAUGUUAUUCCUGGAGAGACUGAGGAAAUUAAGGUUACCAUUCAAGUUAAUUCUCAAAGAGCUCCCAAGUUAUUGGGAGGUGAUGACACAAUUGAUGAUAUUUUAAUUCUACACUUGAAAAAUGGUAGAGAUCACUUCAUUUCUAUCACUGGUAAUUAUGUCAAGUCAUGUUUUGGAUCCACACUUGAUCAGCUCGUCAAACAAAAGUAUCCAAUUCAACGAAAAGACGACGGCCUAGAAUUGUCAAGCUUUGAAAAAGAUCUCAAAGUUCCAAAGGAGCUGUGGAGACUCAUCGAUUUACUUUAUCAAAAUGGAUUGAAAGAAGAAGGUUUAUUUAAAUAUUCUGGAAAUCCAAAAGAGGUUCAUUACAUUAGAGAUUGUUUGGAUGAAGGAUUACCAAUCACAAAUCCAGUGUCUAGCCACUCUAUUGCUGAAGCUUUGAUUGCAUUUUUAGAAUCUCUUCGAGAGCCAGUUGUUCCAUUUAAAUUUUAUCAAAUGAGUCUCAAUGCAAGUUCGAAUUCAGCAACAUGUUACCAUUUGAUUUCCAUGUUGAACGACGCUCAUUGCAACACAUUCCACUAUUUGAUGUCUUUCUUGCGAGAAUGCCUCAAACACAAGAAAUCGAAUGGUCUCACUCAAGAUGAGGUUGCCAUCAUUUUCUCUCGAGUUUUAAUUAGACCUCCACACCAAGAUAAACCCCACACUCAUCAUGAUGAAUCAUCCAAAUAUUUUGAGGAACAACGAGCUAGAGCUCAGUUCAUUAGUCACUUUUUGAGAGAGGGCAAAUUGUGGUCACGAGACGAUGUAUUGCGAGGUGACGAGUUAGAAGAUGAGGAUGACAUGUUUGACCACCACUCCCAAGAAGAUGAUGACGAUUCCCACCACUCUUCACUUUUGGCCAAUGAUCAUUUGAGUUCUUCGCGCCCUCUACCCCCAUCUCCUUCAAAACCUUCACCUUUGUCUUCCUCAACCUCCUCAUCACAACCACCCUCAACAACCACCCUAUCAGCAGAUGAAUUCUUGUAG